CAUCAGUAAAAGCUGAGUACUAGAAUCUCAUCAUAUUAUGCUUUCUAUUUGCUAGUUCUGGCAAAGGGAGGCAGCAAUGCUGAGGCAACAACUGCAAAACUUGCAAGAAAGUCAUCGGCAAAUGAUGGGGCAAGAGCUUUCUGGAUUGAGUGUAAAAGAUUUACAGAAUCUGGAGAACCAGUUGGAAAUGAGUCUCCGAGGUGUCCGCAUGAAAAAGGAUCAAAUUCUAAUGGAUGAAAUACAAGAAUUGAACAGAAAGGGAAGCCUCAUUCAUCAAGAAAAUGUGGAACUCUAUAAGAAGGUAAACCUAAUACGUCAAGAAAACAUGGAAUUAUAUAAGAAGGUAUAUGGAACAAGGGAUGUAAAUGGUGCAAAAAGAAAUUCAUUGCUCAUAAAUGAUCUAGGCAUUGGGGAGGACGCACAUGUACCUGUCAAUCUCCAGCUAAGCCAGCCACAUCAACAAAACUACGAGACAACAACAAGAGCCACAAAGCUGGGGUAUAGUUUCCUCCACAUGGUGAUAAUAUUUUUGUGAAUACCAAUUAUUUGAUUGACAUAAUCUUGAUCCCAAACUUGUUCUUGAAAACUGCAGCAGUCUCCAAUUACCUUAGCAAACAGCUGCAUCACAAUGGGAUUGGAUGUCAGUUUCUAUCAACAAAUAUGUCCAUGCUUC